AUGAAUGUACCAUCAACAUUGUAUAUAGCGGAAGGCGACACCGGGACGAUUGGACUACCUGUAUCUGCUAAUUAUAGACGAGAAAUUUUCGUACCCACUACUUCAACCUAUGAGGAGCACCUGUAUAGAGUUUGUAAUGGGAAGAAUAAGAAGACUUGUGGAUAUUGGGAAAAUGUCAAGACAAAGAAGAAAGUUCCGUCUGGUGUCACCACUUACAACAAAAACAAAAAGUCGUUGAUUAUCAAGAAGAUGAAGGAAUCUGACUUUGGAGAGUAUAUGACUGGAAAUAAGAAGUCGUCUAGAUUUGUUUUGCAGUUGAUUUCAUUUGGAAAGUGA